AUGAAAUUGGAUGAAGGAAACGACUCCCUUGACACUAUCAUCAGACAAGUUGCAAAAGAACCUUCUAUUUCUUUCUCUAGGGCAGGUGAUAGCCCAGUUCCAUGGAUUCAACUACUUCAUGCCUUAGAUCAACAAGGUUGGCCCUUGCACUCUCCCAUCAAGGUGCAAAUGCAAAAGUGUGACAAAUGCCCCCGAGAAUUCUGUUCAACCAUCAACUACAGAAGGCAUAUUCGCGUGCACCAUCGAUUGAAAAAGCUUGAUAAGGAUUCUACCAAAAAUAGGGAUCUUCUUGGGGAGUUUUGGGAUAAGCUCUCCACCGAAGAGGCAAAAGAAUCUGUAUCGUUCAAGAAUGUGAAUUUGGAGGAAGUUGCAGGGUCUUCAAUCAUAAAGUCUUUGACAACACUUAUACGGAAACCUGGAUUCACUUCUCUGCCCCACAUUUAUUUGAAGGCUGGUUCUGUCCUUCUGGAUAUUAUCCAGGCUAGACCUUCAAGGUUCCCAAUAUCUUCCCAGGAGUUAUUCAGUAUACUUGACGAUGCAAGUGAAAAAACAUUUAUGUCUGGGACAGCCACAUCAAUGCAACGAUACAUUUUUGAUGGGGAUGCUGGGAAGGUUGGCCUUGAAACAAAGAAUCUAGUUGCUUGUACCAGCUUCUUAGUAGAACAAAAAUUGGUUAAAGCUUGGCAUGCUUACAAGGACACCGAAGCUUUGAGGUUACAAGAGCUACUAGUGGAAGAAGAAGAAGCAGCUCAAAAAAGGCAAGCUGAACUCCUCAAAAGAAAAAGACAAAAGAAGCUUAGACAGAAAGAGCUGAAGGCAAAGGACCUAGAGAAGGUGAAUGGUAAAGAGAGCAUUGAUGAACCUCUGGAAGAAACAUCAAGUCAUUCAACAACCGUUGAUUCUGACUCACCCAUUUCAGACGUGCUUGAUUAUGCUCACUCAUCUGCUGAAGCAUUUCAAGACUCGAGCACCAAUGAAAAUGUGGAUCCCGAAUCUCAGACUGUAAAUGCCUGUGGACAAGCUGAUCCUUCAAAUGGUACAAAUGUGGAACGGCGGACAGUUCAAGGAAGUGGUACUCGGCGUGCGGUUGCUCGAUGGCAGGUGUUGCCGAAAUCACAGUGGGGUGUGCCUAAUGGAGUUCAUGCAAGUCAGAGUUCUCAAACAUCAAAGCUUCCAUCCAUGCAAAAUCAUGGAAGCUACCGGGAUUCAAGAGCUGUGUCCGGCAGCAAUAAAGUUUGGAGUCGAAAGCCUAAACCACAAAAUGAUGGGGGUAGUUUGAAAGCUGGAGUACAAAAGGAUGCAACUGAACCUGAUCAAAUCAAGAACCAUGAGGUUUUGAUUGGAUCUAUAUCAGUCACUCUUGGAAAUUCUUGCCAGGAAAGUAAUAAUCUGGCUGGCUUUCGUGAUGAUGGCCUUUUGGAGCAACAAAUGCCUAAGAACAACUUUCAGGACAAAACCAAUAAACCGGAUUCGGUUCAGAGUAGCACAAACCGAUCAACAGUUUGGAGGCUAGUGAGCCGGAAUGGAACGAAGGGGCCUCCUAUGCCAGUUCAGAAUGGCUGCAGAGAAUCUGAAACUGAUGUUGCAGCUGAAAAGCGACACAGUCGGACCAUCCACAAUGGUACUUGUCCAAAUGAUGUCAUUCGUAAUGGUUCAACACAAGCUGGGAGCUUGGGUUUCUCCAGUCGUGCUGCAAAAGAUUUUCUUGCACAGAGGUGGAAAGAGGCUAUAGCCGGAGAUCAUGUAGAAUUGGUUCUUUUUGAAGGUUCUGAACCUCCCAGAUGCCUGGACAUUGACAGUGAAGUAGCAGUAACUCAUUCAUUAAGGUUUAAACGCAGCAUUCUUGGGAAUGCAGAAAAUCGGCUUGUGAAUGUGGAGGCAGCCGAGCCUCCAGUUACCGGAGCUGGUAAAGUCAAGUACAGAUCAAAGAAGCCUGAAAAGGGAGUGAAGAUAAAAUACAUCCCCAAACAGAACACCGUUACCUAGUUAUAGAGAGAAACAGAGAUUGUUUUUUUGGUUAUACAAUGUGCACAGUUUAGCCAGCGACUAUAUUCUUAGCAGAGGGUUCCAGUUUUUCCAGUGGUCUUCUGUCAGAAAGUGAAGAAAAGGUUUUGGAAGAUAAGUUCUAUAGCUCUUUCCUUUUUUUUCUUAUCUUGUCAUAGCAGAUUGAUUAGUGAGGUUUUCUCUUUUCUUUGCUCAAUUGUCAAAAGUUUCUGUAAUAAAUAUGGUUUAGUUAUUUGAAGAGCCCUUAUUUGAAAG